GGUGGCACUGAUUGGCAUUGAUAGGUGGCACUGACUGGCACUGAUGGGUGACACUGAAAGGCAGCUCAGAUUUUCACUGAUAUGUGGCAUUGAUGUGAACUGGUAGGCACUGAUUGAUGUGGGUAGGCAUUGAUGUGUGCACCGGCACGUGGCACUGUUCAGCAGUGCCAGCUGGCACUGAUGGACACUGACAGCUGGCACUUCUGGGGCCACACUGAUCAUCAGGGCACACUGAUCAUCACUAUCAGCGUGACAGCUCAUGAGGAGAGAAAUGCUGAUAACCGGCAUUUCCCUGUUUACAUGUGAUCA